AUGACUGCUCUCUGCACAUCAGAAACAUCACAGAUGCUGACGCUGACGGGAUCUCAACUGUCUGGUAGAAAUCCAGAGUUUGAGGUGAAGAACCAAACAAACUGUGAUUCUGUUCUGACUGUGAAACAUCAGAGUGGAAACUCCAAAAGAUUCAGCUGCCAGUUUGUUGAGGAUGAUGAAGUGAAGAUAGAUGCCGUCUACGUUCUCACAGACAUCAGUGAACAAACUAAACAUCUGUAUCACAGAGCUGGAGAUGACGUCCUUUUACCUUGUAGAACUACAUCCUCCUCUUCCUCGUGCUCUGAUGUUACCUGGCUGAACCAGGAAGAUCCAGAUGAAGCACUGAGACCAGAAGUACACAAUGGAAGUGUUGUCCAGAGUUCAGCUAGAGCUUCCAGGCUGAAUGUGAGCAGCGACUGCUCUCUGCUCAUCACAAACAUCACUGAUGAAGAUGCUGGUCGAUAUCUCUGUCGGCUCAGGAACAAGAAUACGUUUGAGGCGUAUCUUAAUAUUUUGAGCAUUUCUAAAGAUCCAGCAGACGUUCCUCCCAGAGGAAGUGGAAGUGUCACAUUCCAGUGUUCACUGAGUAGAUUUGAUCCAACUAUUCCCUGCAGACAGAACAGCAUCAUCUGGAUGAAUGAGACGGGAUCUCAGCUGUCUGGUGACGGUGUUGGGUUGGACUGUGUUUCUGUUCUGACUGUGGAACAUCAGAGUGGAAACAACCAAACAUUCAUCUGUCAGUUUGUGGAGGAUGAGGAAGUGAAGACAGAUGCUGUCUAUGUUCUGGACUUUUCAGAUCUUUCUGGUCAUAAUUUCAUCAUCAUCGUUGGAGCCGUGAUGAAGGUGGUGUUGAUGUUUCUGGGUGUGGUUGCUGCUCUGGUCUACAUGUCCAGGAGGAGAACCAAAGGGAACGAGGACCAGAGAACUAGAACAAGGAGAAGAACUGUUGCUGGUGAUGAAGACGUCCUGUGAAGAAGAGAUGCAGAAAACUGUUUUUACAUUUGUUUAUAUUU